AUGGCGUUGAAUAAGUACAUCGGCAUCAUUUUCUUCGGCGCAUCACUACUGACAUAUGUUUAUGCAUCCGGUUGCCCAUACGCGUACGUUUACCAUCAGCCUAGUCGCCUGUGCUACAAGGCCUUCGACGACACGGCAACCUACAACGGGUCAGUCAGUAGGUGUUCUUUAGACGGGGGAACCCUUGCCAUGCCCCGCGACACUGCGACCAACGAGUUCCUAGUCGGUCUGAAAAAUGCCGUUGACAACAACGCGAGGUUCCGUUUUGGGCUGACUGAUCACCACCAGGAGGGAGUUUGGAUGUGGAACGAUAACGUUCCUCUGGGCGACUUCAGACCUUGGGGUCCAGGAGAACCCAACAGCGACGGUAACGAGGACUGUGCCGAGUACUGGCCCGGAAACCAUAUGCAUCCCAACACAUGGAACGAUGGACCGUGUACCCAGGCCGACAGGAAGUUCAUCUGUCAAGUAUCUCCAUUUGGUCACCCUUUCGACAGGUUCCUAAGAUUCAGUGGGUCUGCAUUGACUGGAUUUAACGACAUGACGUUGGGGUUUCUGGGCCCAGGAGAAAGUGAAGAAAGUGACAAUCUAACAAUACACACCAUCGCGUGGGCAGAGUCCGAGAGUCUGAAGUCAGGAGAGUCUGUGGUGCCAGGCUACGACACAUCCACCAGGCCGAUUCAGGAGGAGGAAACUCUACAUAUCGUGACAUCUGUGUACAUUCGGCAGGUCGGCCGUUUGAACGAGGAACACGCGAACAUGUCCGUGACGGUGGAGUACACGCUGUCCUGGUACGACCCGAGGCUGCAGGGGAUCGCCACCACCUGGGUGCCCGUGCCGCGGUCCAUGAUCUGGCUGCCGCCGCUGAUGUUCGGGACGUCCGUCCGCCGCGCCGCGCCCGUUCACGACGACACACCGGCCUGGGUCAACUACGACGGACUCACCGUCUGCAAGAUAACGCGGAAGUUACAUGUGUCCUGCCCCGUAGUGCUGAAGAAGUACCCUUUUGACAACCAGACAUGCAGUAUCAAACUGCACGCAUAUAACGGGCUGAGGUUACAUCUGAUGGCGUCUGACGAUGUCCGAUACGCGGCCGUUAAAACAGACGCCACCGGUGUGGUGUCACAGUUCGAACUGACGGGGGCUGACGUACAGGCAUCCCUCAACCCUCACCUCAAUUCAACAGGUGCAAACGGUUACACCACAUUGGAGGUUCGUCUCCGUAUGACCCGUCGCCUGUCCAGCUACGCCUUCAGACUGUUCCUCCCGUCCGCAGCUGUGGUGGUCGCCGCGUACCUGCAGCUCUGGCUCCCGCUGCAGACCUCCGUCAUCGCCGGCAGGAUCACACUCGGCAUCACCGGCUUCCUAACCGUCAUCGUGAAGGGCAGCGCCACCGGAGCUGUGUCCUGGGUUAACGAAACAAGAGCGAUUGACAUCUGGUUCAGCGGCUGCCAGAUCGUCGUCAUUCUCAUGUUCCUGGAGACAAUCAUCGUCUACUUCGUCCGGUGUCGACUGGAAGAAAAACAUCAGAAGAAGAAAGCAGAGCAAGAGAAAAAUCUGGAAGCGUCAGACAAACCUGAGCGGUCCAGGGAACGUGCCCCCACCGGUACCGACCAGGGUCUUCAACGGACCCCUUCCCGCAUACCAAGAGCCACGCUGACUAACCCGCAGACGAUCAUGUGGCACAAGCUGCCCGACGGACGGUGGAUCGUCAUCCCGAGGCCCCCUGGCGGCGAGUUGGCAAACGCCAUGCUGAUGACGUCAAUCAAGGCACGCUGGCGGGAGGGGCCAGACGGACAGUACAGGAUGGUUUCAACUGACGAACCCGUCAUCGGUCAACCAAUCAACAUCCCCCGUCCUAAGCUGAGAGUCAGGCCAACCGUGGCGUGGGAGAGAAAGAUGGACGGAGGGUGGAGAGUCGUGCACUACCCCGUUUAUCCAUUCGACCAGUUCCUACUAUUUAACAACUGGGCUAUCCUGGGUAAUGACGAUGACAUCCUCGGUUCUGUGACAGAAGAGCAAUGCCUCCUGGCGUGUCUUCAGGGAACUGCAAGGGUUCUAAUCGUUAUUGAUGAGUGUGCAGGGUCUACCCACGGCUGCUCCCAUGGGUGUGUGGAUGAGUUGGAUGGGUUCCACUGUGCUUGUCCGACGGGCUUGGUAAUGGGCCAGGACACACGAAAUUGUAUCGAUGUCGAUGAAUGUAGCCAAAAUCGUGGAGGGUGUGGAGUGACCGAGGACUGUGUGAACGUCUUUGGUUCCUUCUACUGUGCUUGUCCUGGUGGAAGUCCCUACCUGGUGGAUAGCUCCACAUGUUCAGCCUGCCAGCACAGAGACACAGACAAUCUGGAUGCUGUAUACCUGUGGGACCUUCCGCCCAUCACAUCUCCGUAUGUAGUAAAGGUUAAAGCCAACAAUCCGGUCUACAUGGCUUUGUCCAGCGAGAAUACAGACACAGACUCCAUGGUUCAAAUUACCAUCGGCCCAGUAAGCAGCAUCGGUCAAGGAACAGACCUCACGACGGCUGCCACCCCGAUGAACGGCGACUGGUCGGAGUGGGGUAGCUGGACUCCGUGUGACGCCGCCUGUGGUUUCGGUAUGAAGGCGCGGACCCGGACCUGUACUAACCCGCUACCCGUACACGUGCUGGGCGGUACCUGCAUCGGGCCAGCGGCAGGGUCACUCAUGUGUUACGUACCCGGGGUGUGCUCAGGAGGAAUGGACGUUGCAUCGACUGUCCACAUCCUCAACAUUGGCUCUCUGUCAGAGAAACAUGCGAAUAUAUCUAUCAGAGUGCAGUACGUGUUAUCGUGGAUUGACAGCCGUCUGUUCGGGCUGGCCCCCUCCUGGGUUCCCGUGCCGCCGACCUUACUCUGGUCCCCGCCGCUGGCCUUCGGGCAGUCCGUCCGCGCGGCUGCCGCAGAGGAGGAGGGGGACAACUCCAUGUGGCUGGACCCACGCGGACUUAUUGUCUACAAAAUAACACGUCGUCUGAGAGUGAGCUGCGUAGCCGAGCUGGACAGAUAUCCACUGGAUACACAGGUCUGCAAAGUGGCUCUGCUGGGAUAUAAUGGAAUAAGGCUUCGGCUACAGCCGUCCGUAAAAGUCGCCCGUGCACCUAUGAAAGCCGACGCUACAGGAGUGACGCCACAGUUCACGUUUAUUGAGGUGGAAGAGAGCGCGACGUUUCAAUCAUUCAUUGGCAAUAAUGAAACAGGUGCGGGCUGUGAGUUCUUCCACCAAGUGUGUGAUUACCUGCUGGAGCCAUGUAUGACGUCACUCUCAGACACAUGCGAGGCGGAGAACUGUGACAACUGCAGGCUCGUACUGGGAACGUGUCAAUACAACAUGGCCUCCUGUCAUAACUACAUCAACGACACUAGUGCGUUCACAUCGCUGGAGCUGCGCAUGCGCCUCCGUAGAGUCACGUGGCGGUACAUCCUGACGGCCUACCUCCCGUCCGUGGUUAUCGUUGUGACGUCAUAUCUACAAAUAUGGCUGUCACCUGAGCAGUCCACCAUAUCCGGACGGGUUGCGCUGGGCACUAUGGCAGUGUUGUCGAUGGUCGCUCAGACUGGCAAAACAGCCCGAAUGCCUUGGGUAGAAAGACCGAGGGCCAUAGACAUCUGGAUGCUGGGAUGUUUAUCUUUUGUGACCGUGGCCCUGCUGGAAACGGCUGUUGUGAACUACAUAUCUACAUAUUUACAAGACAAGGAACAGAUGAAGAUUCGCCAAGAACAGAGAGGCAAAGAGCUGAACCCUCCCAUCAGGAUUCCACGGCCGGGGCUGAGAGACCCAACAACACCAGCUAGUGGCCAGCAUGAGCUGCGAAGAAGCAGCAUUUCAACAGGAGAUACCCACGUGUCCAUCCCCAGGGCACGACUCCAGGUCCCACCCGGCGUCUGUUGGCACCAACUCCCGGACAAGGAAUGGGUGAUCGUCCUUAAAAAGAAAGCCAAGACCAACAGCGAAAAUGCCGGUGACAAGGGUGAAGGACGAAGAAAAAGUGACGGAAAUUCGGUAGUUUCUUACAUCCCAGAUUCAUGUAUUUCGAGCAGUGAUUACGAAGACUUUCCCGACUUUGAUCCUAGAGCAUUCAAACCCAGCGCAGCUGAAAGGGCAGACAGUCUGGCAAAGAGGUUGCGGAUACGUGACGAAGACUUCUACCUUUAG